AUGUCAGGUGGCGAUUGGGUGGCGGCACUCUCUGUUCCCUCGGCGACACUUGGAGCGAUCUGCGGAGACGCCGGCACCGAGUUGGACCACCAUAUGACGAACCAGAAAUUGAUUGGGAAAGUAUUGUACCUCCAGGUGAAGGCCCACUCAGUUCGACAUCAUGCAUCAACUGGCGACAAAUCAGCUCCACCAAAACAGAAACGCAAGACUGUAACUUUCAGAGGGGACGAGAACCGUAACCCUGAUCCAGAGGACAUCAGAAAAGUGCCUUCUCUAACUCUGACACGGGUUCCACUAUCCGAGAACAGAAUCUUAGCGGCACCAGCUGAUACCAGAAAAAUGCCGGUAGUGAAGCCUAACAAUCCUGUACCGGUCAUUCCAGAAAAGUGGCGUGUUCAAGCACAACAGGACACAACAGAGUGUCAGGAAGGAAGACUAAGAAGGUAAACAUUACUGAACGUUAUCUCACAGAUGAGGAGCUUGCAGAGCUACUGGAUAACAGCGAUUUCGAGAUAGAUAAUGAAACUGAUCCAACUUUCAUCCUUGUAGUGAAAACUCCAAUGGAGUUUGGAGUUGGCAGAGCUGGCAUAAACAUCUCUUUUUGGAGCUCCUGUGUUAAGUGACAAAAAGUGUUUUUUUUUCUGGAAUUAUGAGUUGAGAGUUACACCAUCUUGUUGGUAUUGGAAAGCUGAAUAAGUGUGCAAAAUUUCAAGUCAGUCGGACUUAGGGUUCCUAAGUUAUAAGUGUUUGAGUGCUUGACUUUUGCUCAGCCUAUGCUUUAACAUAGGAAGAUCAUCUCAAUUGCUUUUUGGCCUGUGUUGUGAGUGGGUUUGUACAUUUCGGUUUGGUUUUUGACUUUGUUGUAGUACUUAUGGUCUACUUUUAAUUGUUAUUGGUCUCAUUCCUUAAUUAUUUGCCCUAAGGGCAGGAGGAUUUUUUUAAGUUCUGAUGAAUUAAGUGACCUAUAAAGAAAUAGUCAUAAUAGUGUAGUACGGGUAGUAAGAAAAAAGUGACAGGAAAUCAAUGAGUGGCCUGAUCAACUCUCUUCUAUAAAAGUGCGAGCUUGCAUUUUGAUAGGAAAUAAUUAGAGGUAAAAUUAAUUCAAUUUAAUUCUCUUUUAUAGUGGGAAAAAAAGUGCAAGCCAUUUUUAUGGUUGCAUUUUUUGGACUUGUCAUUUUUCAGACAGUUGAGAGAAGGAUUUCAGUAGUAAAUAGUUUUUAGUUUAAUUGGAGGAUUUCACUAAUAAAUAGUUUUUAGUUCAAUUAGCAUUUCACUAAUAGAUGGUUUUUAGUUUAAUUAAGAGUGCUGACUUUUUUCUGUCAGCUGUUUUUGGACUUGUGAAAUUUUCAUCUAGUCUUGAACAUAUGUUACUAAUAGUUUCACUAAUAAACCUUUCUUAGGUUAAUUGAAUGGUGUGGUGAUUUCACUAAUUAGUUUUUUUUCUUGGUUCAAUAGGGAUACAUAGGAUAGGAUUUUUUCACUAAUUAAUUGUUUUUAGAUUAGUUUGAGGGUGUUUUUCUUAAUAUUUACAAUUAUAUAUAUUCUGUCUUAAAUAUAGUAUAAGAAUGAUGUUAAAUGCUAUAUAGUUCACUAAUUAGCAUCUUUUGAUGAAACUUUCUGGUUUCACCACCACAACCACCAUUUUUGUUACCUUACCCCUCAACCCCUAAAGGGUGAUUUGGACUUGCGAGGGUGAGAGGUUACCCCUCUCCUAUGAUUUAGGUGAUAGGUUGUGAAAUCACAUUAUUCCAACCAACACAGGUUGCGUCCCCCCCCCCUCUUUCCGAGCUAGGGGUGGUUGAAAUUUUUGAAGGCACCCCCUGCGGUAAGGGUUGAGAUUUCCACUACCCCUCAUCCCAAAAAAAAAUUCCCUCUAAACCCUUACUAAUUAUUUGGUAACUCUCAUACCACCCCCCCACCCUUUUCAUUAUAUAGCAGCAAUAAGAGCAACGCGAAGGGGUGGUUUUUCCAUAAUUUAGUCUAAAGUACCUACCCCCCCCCACCUGAAAGAGUUUUCCCCUCAUCUGCCAAGUUGUGGUGGCUUGGGUGAUAAACAACUUGGGUGAGUUUCAUUACCGUCGGAUGAGUUUGGACAAAGUUACAGUUACUUGAAGAAUUUGAAUAUUUGUUUGAGACCUGUUUAUGAGCCAUAUCGCCUUUCUGUUGUAUUGUUUCUCUUAGUUGGGUCCUGUGUUCGAUGUUCUGUUAUUUUAAUAUAUUGAAAUGGAUCUAGAUAUAAUCAGGUACAUCAGCAGUUCAGAUGAUGAAGUGUUCGAGUUAAUACCUGUAAGAAAGUAUAGGAUUAGGCUUGACACAUUUAAUUAUUUCUCGGACAGUGAAUUCAUAGCUCGAUACAGAUUUAGUAAAGAGACAGUGAUCUACAUUUCUGAACUACUUCCCAAUUUUGAUAAUUUGAACAACAGAGGUAAGCCGUUGUCGAAAAUGGACCAAUUACUUAUUGGGUUACGGUUCUACGCAACUGGAACAUUUCAAAAUGUCGUUGGGGAUAUUAUUCAUGUCCAUAAAAGUACUGUGUGCAAAAUAGUGAAGAAAAUUUCCCACUAUUUAGCCUCUUUGCGCGUUAAUUUUAUUCAAAUGCCCACAAAUGAGGAAAUUUUAAGAACAAAAAGCGAUUUUUUUCAAAUUCAUCGUUUCCCUAACGUGGUUGAAUGUAUAGACUGUACUCAUGUAAAAAUUCAAUCUCCUGGUGGCCAAGAUGCAGAACUGUAUAGAAAUAGAAAAGGAUAUUUCUCUAUCAAUGUGCAAGCUAUCUGUAAUGCACAGCUAGUAUUCACAGAAAUCACUGCUAGGUGGAGGGGUUCUGUUCAUGACAGUACCAUUUUUAAUACAUCCAAGAUACGUGCUUAAGCUUGGUUGUAUCGGGGCAGCAGCUGCUACCUACUUGGUGAUAGUGGAUAUCCAUGCAGAAAUUUUUUGCUAACACCACUUCUACAUCCUGCAAAUGAAGCAGAAAGAAGAUAUAAUAGUGCCCACAUCCAAACUAGGAAUACCAUUGAAAGAGCAUUUGGAGUGUGGAAACGCAGAUUUCCUUGCUUGUCAAUAGGAUUAAGAAUAAAAAUUCAAACUACUUUAAUGAUAAUAACAGCAACGGCUGUUCUUCAUAAUAUAGCUAUCCAGCAGAAAGAAGAGCCUCUAAUGGACAAUGAUGAAGUUAUGGAAGAGUUUGAUCAAAUUCAAUUAGAAGGAGAACGAAAUCAGUUUGCUGUUCGAGACAAUGUCAUUGCUACAAUCUUCAGAAUUUAAAUUGAAGAAAUGG